AUGAAUUCCGACUCGGAGACAAACAGGUCAAUCUCGUCGGAGUCUCCUGAUGUUGGCUUCAGACAGUACCGUCAAAUCGAUGAUCCUAGCAACCUCUCUACCAUGCCUGCAAAUCCAAAACAAAACGAAGAAACCCCGGAAGUCAAAAACUCACCUAAGGAUUCGGAUAUUAGCUCGGUUCCUCGAGACCAGAAUCCGUUUGACUCUACCAAUCGAGAACAUCUUAAAAUGCUCCUUCAGGCUACCUCGACUGAGCAUCACCUUCGUAAUAUUCUCUCGAAACCAGAGUAUAAGUAUACUUCGGCAGAAGAGAAACAAAGGAUAAUUGACGAGUCCCUCAAGAAGAUGGUUAAUCUUGGAGUGAUUGAUUCACGAAUCUUGGACUUUGGUGGCAGGCUUUUUGAAGGCCAUCGGAAUGCAGUAUCGGCCUACCUAGGAUCACUUGUUGGGGCGAUAUCCGGAGGCUCGGUCGAGGCUAAAGCCCUCGAACAAGCGCUGCAACGUUCCGGCUUAGAGCCGCCGACUGGCUUCCAGGCUCAGACUCCUAGGGUGGGCCUAGAUGCACCGGCAAGCCAAGGUGAUGAAUAUUCUGCCAUUUUCGGGCCUCGAUGGGAAGAUCUAGAAUGUUUGGGUAGAGGUGGGUUCGGUAGCGUUUGGUCUUGCAAGAAUCUUCUUGAUGGCGAAGUUUACGCAAUCAAAAAGAUCAUAAUCACCGAGCCGUUCCUCCGAGCAGCUCGUAUCGUGGACGAGAAGGCUCGUGAAAAGGCAUUUGCGGAGCUGCACCAUGAAGUGAAAGUUCUCGCAAGGUUAGACCACCCGAACAUCGUCCGUUAUUAUGGCUCGUGGAUGGAAAGGAUGAGCCAAGAUCAGUUCGAGAGGGUGAAGACCGAGCUUUGUCCAGAUGCCAGUGAGCUUGAGGAUUACACCGAGGAUUACACCGAGGACCGUGCUUGGGAUUUGAGUGUUUCCGAUGAGGUUUCCGGUGAAAACAAUUACGAACAAGAAAGCGAAGACGAUGAUGAAAGCGAAGGCGAUGAAAGCGAAGAUGAUGAAAGUGAAGAUGAGGAUGAGGAUGAGGACAGCGAAGAGCAAGAGAACUCUCAACCUGAGUAUUCGGAUGGAGAUGAGUCAGGUGGGGAGUCAUCGGGGAACGGCAACUUGGAAGCCGUAUCUCGGUUAUCCCUGAUGGGCGAUGGUAAUAAGGACACCGACAGUAGACUGGUUCAGCGAGAAAGCGGACAACUGGCAUUGCUGCCUGCACAGCCGAGCUCUCAUGUGCACAUUUUAAGUAUUCAAAUGGCUCAAUAUUCUCUAUCUCUCGAUGACCUCAUCAGAACACCUCGAGAGAAUAACUCUUCUCCCAAAGCCUUUGAUUUCACAUACACCUUCCAUCCGAAGACUGCUACCCAGAUUAUGCUGAGGAUUGUCGACGCCGUCGAAUACAUGCAUCACCACAGUCUUGUGCAUCGUGACCUCAAGCCAGCCAAUAUUUUCCUGAAGGUUGAGAAGGGCCCGAUUGGGGAGAUAAACGGCAGUAUUCGCGUUGCUGGUUGUAAAUGCAGCCACCGAGGGCACACUUGUCCAGAGGGUGGUGAUUGUCUUCCAGGAGACCUCUGCUGGGUCACACCAAAAAUUGGAGACUUCGGUCUCACGGCUGACAUCAAACGUGUCCUUGGAGGUGAUGGGAAACCAGCGCCCCAAGGACCAGUUGGGGGCGGCACAACCCUAUACAUGCCGCCACCAUGGGCUGAGGAGGCGCUUGACGAUGUUAAAGAUAUUGUUACGGGCCACAAGGGUCUCCACCUUGGGGAUUCUUACGCCCUUGGUAUUAUGUUCUUUGAGCUCCUCUACGGCUUCGGCACAGCUACGGAACGAAAUAUCCUACUCCAAAAAAUCCGGGACGCCGCGAGAUCAGAUGACCCUUUCCCUACCGAUUUCUGCAAAAACUACCUUACACUACUCGGAAAUGGCCUUAUUCAAAAAGUCAAGUCGAUUAUACUUCGCCUCACUUGUGGGAAGCACAGUAGGUUGUGCAUACCUAAGCUCAAAAGGGAACUCGAAAAUCUCCUUCCUCUUCUUUGA